GUGCUAGUUCAUCUUUGUAAAAAAAAAAAUCCCUCUGUUAUUGACAUGUCUAUAAACCACCGUUUGGUAAUCCACAGUCGGCAGUUGAUAGUCCAAGACAAAAUUCCUCCUGACAUCGUUCGUAGACCUCAGAAGGCCCACCUACUUGAAGUUAAUUGGGGACCCAGGAAUGGCAUCUCCCCCUCCUCCUUUUCAAGACGAACGCCUGUGAUGCCAAAAGUUGGUGAAAGCCUCCGAAACUAUUUGUGAACUUCUACAAGUAUGUUAUUCACGUGGGAAUGUUCGCCGUCUUACGCGGGAUGUCUGAGUCUAAAGCUGAGUGCAUGAGCAGGAUAGCACAAACAUUUCCUAAGCUCUAGGAAAGAAGAGAAGCGAAACAAAACAGCUUAAAUGGGACUCGCCGUCUGGCAGUACUUGCAUGGGAUACGUGGAUAAAUCUAAACAGAUCGUUUUUUUUUUUCUUCAAAUAUGGAGAUGAUUUGGACGCACUCCCGCAUGUCGAUUUCUGAAUACCUGUUCAUAUUGUGUUUAAUGCCACUGGGAUUGUUUGCGCAGCUAGCUCCUGAGUGUUACCCCAGCGGAUAUCGGAUCUUGCGGAACCCGUACAGGAGCGUUGACUUUGACUCGACCGAGCUCCAGAACACAGCCAUCCAGGACCUGAUAUGCGACCACUCCCUGCCGGCGGGAUGGUACCGCUUCACCGUCAACAAUAAGCCAGCGGAGAUGCCCACCAGCUGUGUGGAGAUGAACCGCUGUGGCACCCAGGCCCCGGUGUGGCUCUCCCUAAAGGACAGCUCCCUGCCCCAGCCUGGGGAGGUGAGGCAGCUCUCGGCCUGUGCCACCUGGCAGUUCUUCCACGGCAGCACCAAGGACUGCUGCCUCUUCCGCAUCCCCGUCUCCGUGCGCAACUGUGGCGACUUCCUGAUCUACUACCUGCAGCCCACGCAGGGGUGCAUGGGAUACUGUGCUAAAGCUAUUACAGAGUUCUUACCCAAGGUGUGCCCAGCAGGCCAAAUUGAAGUUAAUGGAGUCUGCAAAGCCACCGUCUCCCCACUCCCCUCCAAGCCGCUGGUGACCCCCGAGCUCAUCGGCAGCAGCGUCCACUUGCGGUGCUCCUUCCGCGGGGUCGCGUCCAGCCUGCCCGUGGGCUACCUGGUGGCGUGGCACCGCCUCUCCUCCUCUGGCGCGAGGGAGGAGGUCCGUAGGGACUCCACCCUGAAGCUCUUCUCUCUGGUGGAGAUGGACGGCGUCCACUUCAGACUGGGCGAAACGUUUUCUUGCAGUGUGUCCACGUUCCUGCGUAACUCUUCAAAGACACAGUCCCUGCCCAAGGAGAGUGACGGCUUCUUUGCUGGCAUUAAGUUUUUCCCGGAGUCGCUGCACAUCAGGGAAGACGGCAAAGAGCACCAGGUGACCGUCCACAGCACCGUACCCAUCCUGUGCCACGGAGCCGAGCAGAGCCACCAGUGCAAGGUCACCCUGACCGUCAGCGUCCACGACCAAGACAGCCGAGUCCAGGAGGCCCCUAACGUGGCUCUCUCGGCGUGCCAGCUGGAGCUCCUGCCCACGGCCUGCGGCCCAGACAGCUGUGCCCAGGGCACCCUGCUGCUCACGGCCACCACCGACUUCACCCGCGACGGAAACCGGGCGAGCCUGGUCACGCCGCAGCCCACACGAGGCAGUCCGCGCCUCUGGAGGAGCUACAGGCCCGACCCUCUGAAGGUCAUGGUUCAGGACGUUCCCACCGCCACCUGCUACUCCCUGACUGAUCCACACAUCAUUACGUUUGAUGGCAGGCGGUAUGAUAACCAUCAGACUGGCACGUUCGUCCUGUACCGGAGUCUGAGCAGGCACUUCGAGGUGCAGGCGCGCCAGUGGGACUGUGGAAGCCGCCAUUACGCCGUGGCCUGUAACUGCGGGGUGGCGGCUCGCGAGGGCAACGACCUGGUGACCUUUGACAUGUGUAACGGGCAGCUGCAGGAAACGAGGCCGCGCCUGUCCGUGAAGAGUCUGUCCAUGACCACACCCCCGCAGGUCAAAAUCCACGAGUCACACCAGGGGAGAAAAGUCACGGUGCUGUUUCCCUCGGGGGCAUUUUUGCGCGCCGACGUGAGCGACUGGGGAAUGAGCCUGGCAGUGCGGGCGCCGGGGUCGGACCUCAACCGCACCCGCGGCCUCUGCGGAACCUUCGACCGGAACGGCCACAACGACCUGCACGGACCCGACGGCGCCCCCCUCGGCAGCGGCGACCUCCAGCGCUUCAUCCACACCUGGAGGAUAGCGCCCGGGGAGAGCUUAUUUGACAGCACGCCGCCUGCGGUUGAAGGGGAGAUGAAGAGGAAUUUCUGCCGAUGUCAGAGAAGCUACGGCGCGUCGCUCCCCGGUACGAGCGCCGCAGACUUCCUGUUCAGCCACGUCCCCUCGUCCGUCUGUCAGGACCACGACAGCGCCGAUUAUACCUCUCUCUUCCCGUUCAGAGACACCACCGCAGAAUACACACAGGCUUAUGAAACCAGACACAAGCAGAGCGUCCGCAGGCGCAAGCACGUCUCCUCUCACUCGACUGAUGUAGCGCCCGGGUCAAACACAGACAGCCCACAGUCACCAGAGCAGGAGGAGCGACCUCUGAGGCCUGCUGGGGACAACCUAUCGGCCAAUAAGACACACUCUGUGGUGGGGCUCAGAUCGGCCGCUCAAAGGCCCAACGUGAGGAGGGGAAAGAGGCAGAGCCUGUACGACUUCCCCCCGAGCGCCAGCCGCCACCACCACCACCUGGACCCAGAACCACACCUGGACCCAGACGCGGAGUUCCAGCCUAUCCUGGCCUUCCAGAGCCUGAGCCAGUCGGACCUGGAGAGCCUGGCCUACUUCUUCCCCGAGGACCACCUGUCGGAGGAGCGCCCGGUGCCCCAGCCCGUGUGGCCCACGCCGAGCGGCCUGACCUCGGCCAAGGCCCUGGAGCUGUGCCAGGCCGCGUUGGCCAACUCCACGGUGGGCGUGGCGUGCCGCGGCCUGCUGGACCGGCGCCUGGACGAGGCGGUGGACCUGUGCAUCCUGGACCUGCAGCUGAAGGACGACCUGGCCUGGGAGGACGCUCUGAUGCCCUUCCUGGAGAACGAGUGCGAGCGGCGCCUGCUGCGGAACAGGACCCAGCGUGCCUCGCAGCUCGGCGGGGGCGGGGGCGGCCGUGGCAGCCGUGGCGACAUCGGUAGUGCCGCGGGGACGCCUGCCGAUGUGGUCACAGCCCUGCGCUGCCCAAACUUCUGCAGCGGCAAUGGACACUGCACGGAUAUGGGCUGUCAGUGCUACCCAGGCCACAGCCUCUAUGACUGCAGUAUACCCAUCAGUCAGGCCGUGGAGCUGACUGACCUGGAGAACAGUGGCCUGUGUGACUUCAGGGCGUUCGACUGCAACAAUGUGCGAGUAUUUGGCCUGGGCUUCCUGGGCUCGCCAAACCUCAGCUGCCGCGCCACCAAACUAAUGUAUGUGAACAGAGAGUGGAUUCCGGGGGAGAAGACUCAGACCAAAGCCACUUUCCUGAGCUCCAAGGCAGUGGACUGUGAUGUGCCGCCACUCACCACCAUGGCGGAUGACUCCAUAGACUUCACCAUGGAUGACAGGCCUUACGCCAGAUGGAAGAUUCAGGUGACAAAUGAUGGUAGUCAGUAUAGUGACCCAAAGGUGCUGACCCUUUAUGAUGGGGUGUGUCAGCAGUGUUUUCCCUCUGGACUCUGUAAAAUAAAGGAGAAGACGUGUAACAUAGAUGGAAUGUGCUUCAGAGAGGGUGCCGCCAACCCUACGAACCCGUGCCUGCUGUGCAACCCCGGCGCCUCCAGGUUCACCUGGUCUCUCAACGAAGUUAAUCGUCCCCCGACCUUCCACGAGCCCGGCUCCGGCCUGCGGACCUUUGUGGGCGAGAACUUUGUGUACCAGCUGACGGCGUCGGACCCCGAGGGCUCGGCCCUGCUCUUCCUGCUGGAGGAGGCCCCCGCCCAGGCCACGCUCUCCCCGGCCGGCCUCCUCAUCUGGAAAGUGCAUUCGGAGGAGACGCAGACGUUUGGAUUUACAGUCUCGGACGAGUGCAACGCACAGAGCAGGCACGCCGUGCAGGUGGCGGUGAGACCAUGUGGAUGUCUGAAUGGCGGAGCGUGUGUCACAGACAUCAACUUCCCUCCGGGCAGUGGGGAGUACCUGUGUGUGUGCGGGGCCAGUUUCCGUGGUGACCGCUGUGAGCAGGAUGUGGACGAGUGUUUGUCGGACCCGUGCGGAGGCGGAACGUGCGUGGACACCGUGGACGGCUUCCUGUGCCAGUGUGUACCAGGACUCAGAGGGCCCACGUGUCAGGAGGACGUGAACGAGUGUGAGAGGAACCCCUGCUUCCCGGGAGUUCCGUGCAUCAACAGCUUUGGCUCCUACUCCUGCGGAAACUGCCCCGCCGGUACCACGGGAGACGGGACGUCCUGCACAGCAGUAGCUCAGGCCGUCACCUCUGCCCCAACCACCAUACGGACCAGCGGCUCCGGUCGGACCAGCGGCUCCAGCACAGCUCUCACUGGGCCCCUCAGUAGACCACCUGCCCCUGCCCCAGUACCGGUGCCCCCUUCGGUCCCUGAGGCCCCUGAGGCCCCUGAGGCCCCCGCCAAGCCCAGCUCGCCCCUGGGCCCCAAGGCCAUCAACAGGAACUCCGUCACCAUCAUUGCAUCCAGUGAGAGCAACAAGGCCGACUAUCCCACAGUUCCUUCGCCGUGUUCCAGCAGGCCCUGUUACCCAGGGGUCCAGUGCAUUGACCUGCGCCCGCCCUACGUGGGCUAUGUCUGCGGGCGCUGCCCGCCCGGUUUCCAUGGCAAUGGACGCAUCUGCACCAAGAAUCCACGAGCAGACGAGACGACCUUUGAUGUGCUGGAGCAGAGUGCUUCGAACAGCGUGCUUCGCCGAGCCAUGUGCUCGCGUGCGCGCCAGCUUUUGACCCUGAAUGUGAUAAUUAUCCAGUGA